CCGAUUUUCCCACGAAGGCUCAGCACUCCUCCCAGAUCAUAACUACAUACUGAAGGGCGAUCCUGAGGGAACAGAGAAGCACGAUUCGCUUGACGGCUGCCACCGUCGCUAAUUCGUGCAGAAUGCCUGCAAAGGCACGUUUAGAGUCGAAGUUGUCAAAGCAGACACAACUGUUUGGCCACAAAGUCAAGGAGGGCCCGAAGAAGAAAGCCGGGAAAGGGAAGAAUUCAGACGAGGCAGCGAAGUUCACCGCGAAGGAUUUCACGGUCCUUGUCAAGAACGUUUCAAGUGGCCUGGCAGAGGCGAAGCAUGAACAAGAUUACCCCGUCGUACGAACCUUCUUCUCCGCAGCUUGUCGGUGGCUGGAAACGCCGACGGCAGAAGCGAAUCCAGUCAUCGGGGAUGCCAUUCUGAAGAUCAUCAAGAGUGUUUUCCCUCCCGCGGCGAAGCCGCCCUACGAUGACUAUAUCACUGAAUAUAGUCUGAACUGUCUGUCGCAAGCGGUUGAAGACGGCAGGCUGGAAAAGGAUGUUGUGGGCGAGCAGAUGAUAUCUUGCCUCUUUGACAUCUUGCGGACGGGCGACUGUUCUACUGCCAGGAGGCUACAGAUACUGUCUACGCUGAUUCAGUUACUGACGAAAAGCAACAAAAACAAAGCGCUGAUCAACGCGGAUGCGUUCCUUCCGAGACUGAAAGCCCUGGCUGCAUUGAUGCGACAAGCUGGUGAUGUAGAGUCUCAAAUCAGCAUCAUGCAAAUUCUUUUCCGACUGUUGCCAAAGUCGAGCGCCGGACGAGUCAACUUUGCCCAUGCUCUCGGUUUGCCAGAGAGGCUUGCGGAGAUUUGCGGAGAUCACUUUCAUGAGGAUGUGAGAUCCUUUCUGAAGCUCAUCAACUCUGGCAAUGACGGCCUUUCGAAGUGCCCAGUUUUCUACAAAGUCCGCGAAAUCCACUGUCUGAUCACCGGUCACUUGGCUCCCACAAAGCUGAAGAUCCCCGAAGGGCUGGAUACAUUUUGGCUGGACUUCGAUGUCGAUGGGAUAUCCACGGAGGUCGCCGAUCCAGAUGAGGGCGAGACGAUCUCGUUGCAUAUUAGCUAUGAGAAACUGAGUGACUGGAGGAUUGAAGAGGAGCCAGGGGGCUACAAGCUCUUCUUGGCUCUGAAGGAACCCGUCAUCAUUGCUGGUCCAGAUGGAUCACAGCAGGAUGAUCCUCCAACAACAAACAAGCUUACAGUCUUGAUAGAGGACGAUCCGGCGGCCUCUGCAAUCGACGAGAGUGUCGGACGCAUCCUGAAAGGCCGGGACGUGGUAUGUUUCGAUCUCUUUGCGUUACCCAGGGCACAACUCACCGCAUUAUACUGAAAGCCUGAAGCUCGUGUGAAAUGGUCCGUGCCUCAAAUGGAGAGACCACCACUUCGCGUCGAAAAAGCAAGGGUUGCGGCGGAUGUCACAAUGGAGAAAACUC